AUUGAUCUACACACUAUAUGCCUUUUGAUGUAGCCCAAUAUCCCAUUGACUUUUUUAAGUGCUGCAUCACAUUGUUGCCACAUGUUCAACUUGUUGUCCACUAAGACUUCAAGAUCUUUUUCACAUGUGACACUGUUGUUGAGCCAGGCAUCAUCCAUUAUCUGUGCAUUUUGUUUUUUUCUGCCUAAGUAAGUAUCUUACAUUUCUCCCUGUUGAAAUUAAUUUUGUUAGUUUUGGCCCUUCUCUCAAAUCUCUUGAGGUCGUUUUGGAUUCUGAUCCUGUCUUCUGGAGUAUUAGCUAUCCCAAUAUGAUGUCAUCUGCAGACUUGAUAAGCAUGCAAUUUAAACCUUCAUCCAAGUCAUUAAUAAAGACUUGGAUGGCCAGAAGAAUUGUUCGACAGUGGAACACUGCCUCAAAGUGCAGCGAAGUCUCCUCCUUGGGAGGUUUUUAAUAGAGACCAGAUGACAGUCUGUCUGGAGUGCUUUGAUUGUAUUUUUCUGUAUGGCAGAAUGGGGUAGGACUGGUUGACCCUUGGGGACUCUCCCAGUUCUAUGAUUCUCUGUCCGGAAGUGAUCAUCUAUUGGAGAGCACCAAUUUCUUUGAAAACUGUAAUCACAGCCGCACUGGGUAGAGAGAAGGGAGAAAACAAUAGGAGUCCCGCAGAGGAGGCAGUCUUACAGUAAAAGGUGAAGGUUUUAUCCUGACAUUAAGUCUAGUCAUGUCCGAUUCUGGGGGCUGGUGCUCAUUUCCUUUUCUAAGCUGAAGAGCCAGUGUUGUCUGUAAAUACCUCCAAGGUCAUGUGGCCGGCAUGACUGCAUGGUGCACCGUUACCUUCCCGUCGGAGUGGUACCUAUUGAUCUACUCACAUUUGCAUGUUUUCGAACUGCUAGGUUGGCAGAAGCUGGGGCUAACUGCGAGAGCUCACCCCGCUCCCUGAAUUCAAACCGCCAACUUUUCGGUUAGCAAGUUCAGCAGCUCAUGUGCUACCUUCCUGCUAUUUCAUGUAAGAAUUUUUAAGGAUGAUGUGUCUCUCUCCUUAGCGCCAAUGUUGCCAUCACAGAAUUUUCAGGGGCUGAGUUUCCAGUGAAGCUAUUGCUGCAGUCACUGAUGCUUUGGCUUAUUUGCUGCCAGAUGCUGCUUUAGAUGGCAUCAAGAUGUUUGUGGAGAGAGGAGAACAGGAACUGGCAGUGCCAUCCCAUUGGUCUCCAAAGCUUUUGGUUCCAAUGGGAAGCAGCAAGCUGAGGUGUUGCGUGCCCCACAGAUUGCAGUAAGAGAAAAGGACGGUGGCUUCCUUGGCUCUUAACAGUGUUCACAUUAUGCUGUUCUCCUGAUGUAUUAUGACUGUGUGUACAUUUGGGGCUUGUUUCUAUGCCAUCUUCUCAAUGCUACAAAGUCAGUUGAACAGGAAGACGCCAACUGUCCCAAGCUCUGUUGUGGCUGGGCUAGGAUUUUGCAUGGCGUUUCUUACACAAAUCCCAUUGGCUCACCAGGUACAAAAAAUGUUACAUGCUGGAAGACAAAAUGCCCAGAGCACGGUAAACAGUUGAGGGAAGGUUAUCUUUAUCCUUUUCCCUAGGUGUUGACAUGAUUUCAUGGAAACAGCCUUCCUAACAAGAAGAAAGAAUAAAAAAACAAUGGCCCAUAGCCUGAUUUCAAAAGUCUUCUGUCACCAGCUGGCCCACAGUUGUUCAACUGUCGGAAUCUAAAUCAGUUUAACACAGCCACAUCAACAUGAAUGAAGUGUCAGUCAUCAAGGAGGGCUGGUUGCACAAGAGAGGUGAAUACAUCAAAACCUGGAGACCCAGGUACUUCCUCCUGAAGAGUGAUGGGUCUUUCAUUGGAUAUAAGGAGAAGCCCGAAACAACAGAUCAGAGCCUUCCCCCCUUAAAUGACUUUUCUGUGGCAGAAUGCCAGUUAAUGAAAGUAGAGCGGCCCCGUCCCAACACUUUCAUCAUUCGCUGUUUGCAGUGGACGACAGUCAUUGAGAGGACCUUCCAUGUGGACUCGCCAGAUGAAAGGGAGGAGUGGAUCCAGGCCAUUCAGAUGGUUGCUAACAGUUUAAAGAACCAGGAACCCGAAGAAGACAGGAUGGACUACAAAUGUGGCUCUCCUAGUGACAGCACAGGGGCCGAGGAGAUGGAGGUGGCAGUGACAAAGACCCGGGCCAAGGCGACCAUGAAUGACUUUGACUACCUGAAGCUCCUUGGGAAGGGCACCUUUGGGAAGGUCAUCCUUGUGCGGGAGAAGGCCACUGGGCGCUACUAUGCCAUGAAGAUCCUGCGCAAAGAAGUCAUCAUCGCCAAGGACGAAGUGGCCCACACUGUUACAGAGAGCCGAGUUCUGCAGAACACAAGACAUCCCUUUCUCACGGCACUGAAAUAUGCGUUCCAGACCAAUGACCGCCUCUGCUUUGUCAUGGAAUACGCCAAUGGUGGAGAGUUAUUCUUCCACCUUUCAAGAGAGCGUGUCUUCACCGAGGAUCGUGCACGUUUCUAUGGGGCUGAGAUUGUUUCUGCCUUGGAAUACCUCCACUCUCGGGAUGUUGUUUACCGCGACAUCAAGUUGGAGAACCUCAUGCUGGAUAAAGACGGACACAUAAAAAUCACAGACUUUGGGUUGUGCAAAGAGGGCAUCACAGAUGGUGCCACAAUGAAGACUUUCUGUGGGACGCCGGAGUACCUGGCCCCUGAGGUGCUGGAAGACAACGAUUACGGGAGAGCUGUGGACUGGUGGGGCCUUGGCGUUGUCAUGUAUGAGAUGAUGUGUGGGCGCCUGCCAUUCUACAACCAAGACCACGAGCGCCUCUUUGAGCUCAUUCUCAUGGAGGAGAUACGCUUCCCACGCACACUCAGCCCCGAGGCCAAGGCUCUGCUGGCAGGAUUGCUCAAGAAGGACCCCAAGCAGAGGCUUGGGGGCGGCCCCAAUGAUGCCAAGGAAGUUAUGGAGCACCGUUUCUUUGCUGCCAUCAACUGGCAAGAUGUUGUUCAAAAGAAGCUCAUCCCCCCCUUCAAGCCGCAGGUGACAUCUGAAAUUGACACUCGAUAUUUCGAUGACGAGUUCACCGCGCAGUCAAUAACCAUCACCCCACCUGACAGAUAUGACAGUCUGGAUUCCCUAGAUGCUGACCAGCGGACCCAUUUCCCCCAGUUUUCCUACUCGGCCAGCAUACGGGAGUAGGUUGGCAGCCUUACCACAGCACGCCUGAAGGCGAGAUGGACAGGGGAGGGUGCCAGGCAGCAGGACUCCCAUGUGGGGGGAGGGUGUGUGCUUCUGGCUCCUUCCCCCCACUUUUCCCCCCAUGGAGCUGCUCCUGCUGCACUCCAGCUUACGGAGGGACUGAGUGGACUCCCCUGUGCCUGCUGCACUCAGCCUUCUGCAGCCGGGCCCCAGGGCCAUUCCUGCACAUGCCACCAUCAGGCAAGCUGCUUGGACAAAUGGAGUUCCUCUCCGCCUCCCCCUGACCUCCAAGCCCCUCUUGAGAAUGGAUUUGGGCAUGUUUCUUCAUCGCUUUUCAUCGAUCUGUGCCCUGCCAUGGGCUUGUUUUUGGAUGUUUGCUUUGCAAAGCCACCUGAAUGGGAGGUCAUGCCGGUGCCGGAAGUUCGCCGGAGACGGAAGGAACCUGUGGAAUGGAAAGAACAGUUUGCAGCCACAAAUGGGCAUGCAGCACCCAAUGGCACAUUUUGUUGAGGGUGACAGCUGCUCUCUUUCAACAUGCUGUGCGGAUCAUGGAGCACACAAAUCCCUCAUAAGCAAGAGCUAUGGCUGGCAGCAGUGUCUAUGAUGCCACUGAAAUAAGCAUUGUGCAGCCGAAGUAGACCACUUGCCAACGGUUCCAGGUUUGCAGGAAGGGACCCAGCUCUGCAAACUCCUAUGCCCCUCCUUGACCUCCAACAUUCUCAAAGAGGGAAUUGGCAUGGAGUGCCUGGGUCUGCCUCCCUUGUUUGCCCAAAGUUGGCUCCCAAGGUGCAAAGGAGAAGUCCUCCUGCCGCUGCUACAUGUGGUUACCAAAGCAAUAACAGCUCCCUUCUGAACUGUCUUAACCCAAGGGCAAGGCAUGUUCCCUCCUAUUCCUCACCACUAGAUCUACUUUUCUAUAGUACAGUUGGCCAGCAGGCCUGGGCCUUGGGUGGGUGCUUUAGCAGCUGUAGCCACACAACAUGGCUUUGCUUACGUCACGUCAGGAGCAGCUGCCUGCUUGCCACCCUCUGCUUCCCUCAAUAUAGUAGGCUGACUUAUAGGGCAGUUGUAGCUGCCAUUGGAAGGAACCCUCCUGGUGCCCCUGUGAACAGUCAGAAAGACAAGGGAGCCCAAUGUCAUUUUAUCCCACCUGAAAGAAUUGGAGCAAUUUGGAGUUUUCCCCUUGCAGAGAUUGGUUGGUCUGGACGGUUAUCUCAGAUACGUCAGCAUCUUUCUUUCUCUCAAACACUGGUUGUGCACUUGAUUAAUUGUGCAGCUGCUACCUCCUGAGGGCAAAGAGCUCAUCCUCAUUUUAAACAUUUCUCUGGCUUGACCCUUGGAGUCAGCCCCAUAUGCUGUAAUUUCCAGCUGGCUAGGCACCCCAGCAAGUGUGUUCCUUUGUCCCAAGUCACACAGAUUUUCCAUCAGAGAGUGAGGAGAUAUAUAUAUAGGUGUCUCAUUAGGAUCAGGACAGAGCAACCUGUUUUCUUAAAACUGAAUCCUUGGUUUUCUUGUCUCCUGAGCUCCUCCUGGUCUUCGUUGCAUUCCUUGCAAUGCCUCCCUUCUCACUCUGGAAGAGAUGGUCUUCCCUUGCUGUACCAUUGUCUUGUGAACUAUUCCCACUCUUAAAUGCCUUUCUCCAACAUACAGCACCCAUCGCUUUCUGUGCUGGUCUUCCUGUUCCAGCUAUGGAUCAGGGAUAGACACCAGGCAGACUGGCUGGCUACCUCUGUGGAGCUUUUAGUGUUUGCAGUGAUGGGAGAGAAAGGACAGCACUGAGGAGGUCACAUUUUUAAACUUCCCCAAAAGGAACAGGGAAAAAUUAGAGGCCAGCACUCUGUCAACGCAUUUGGUUGUUGAAAAACCUUCUGCUCCGACCAUCUUCGCCUUCUAUUCUUUCUGAUCCUGACUUCUUUUUAUCAUCCUCAAGUUGCCAAUGUGUUCUGCCCUUUGUUCUUUCUCCCCAUCACACACAAACUGACAAGUUUGAGUUGAGCGUGUUCUUAUAUAACUUUAGAAUCACAGCCUUACUAGCUUACCUUGAAUGUCUUUAAAUACCUUCUGCUCUUUCGGGGGUGGGGGUAUUUUCCCCCUUUGUCAUUGUGGCUAUGCUUGUUUUGGCAGCUAUUACCCAGAGAGCAAAAGCAGCCCAAGCUGUAGGUCUUUGCCAAGACCAACUGUACCACUGUCUCUGUGACACUGUAUCCUGGAGAGGGGAUAGGAAUUGUUGGAAAUCCUGUGUGUGCAGGAGUAGAGUGGGGAAAGUGAACUCAGAUGAACAUACAAGAUUGGAUUAUAACUAAGUCUAGAUCUCCCUCCUCCAGGAGUUCUCUACUCCAGUGCAGUGUCAGGAGAGAGAAUGCUGUUUGGAAGGAAAGUAUCCACCUAUAUGGUGUCAUUCACAGUGCUUUUCCUUUGGGCAGACAUGGAGCAUUCAGCUUAUGCUCAGUGCAUUGUUUAAAUUUCUAUUGGGCAUCGUGUGGCAUUAGUCCAAUACACCUUAAGAGGCAACUGCACUAUAUAUUAAUGAUGGAGCAGGAUUAUUAAAGGAACCCGAUUCCUGUGGUGUAUGGAAACUGCCUUAUAAUCUCUGGUCACCCCAACCUAGAAUUGUCAACUCUGACAAGUUGAGUGAGUAAGAGGUGUAAAGAUGUCUGUAAGCAGGAGCCACUGCCUAGUCUUUCUGGAAUUAAACACAAGCCAACAUGGCCUUUGGCUGCUAAGAUAUCAUAGGAGUGUGCAAUUCGCAGGGACCAUUGUGUUUUUAGGGGGAUCCUUUCAUUCACUCACUGAGUACCAGACAGUCAGAGACCUGAAACAGAACAGUUCUUCUGUGGGAAAUCCUUCCCUCUAGUUAAGGAUGGAAUUGUCCAUUAUAAAAACAGCUGCCAUUUCCAAGAGCCAUUCUCUUAGAACAGGGCUUCCUAGAUUUAGCAGGCAAACAUUAAUAUGCCCUUUGUCUCCAGUUGUUUCUUUCCUGUAGUGGCAGCUGAUGGCUUAUGGACCACCACUCUGAAUAACACUUGCCUCUGACCUUGUGUGCCAGUGUCUGUUUGCAUUGGAAAGCAAGAAUCAAACCCUUAUGUAGCUUUCAAGCAAAUUCUUGGGAAGUGCAAGGGGUACAAUUGCAGACGAGCUUGCUCGCAGGGCAUGGAAAUAGUCUGGGCAGCUUUAAAGGGUCUGAAGUAAUUGGAGGGAGCCCUCGAUGGCCAUGGUCUACAAGCAGCCAUGCUCCAAGUCUUGUCAAAAGGGCUACUCUGCUCACACUACCUCUUACUUGGCAAUGAAAAGAGCAGCUCUGGAGUCUGCUGGAGGCUGAAAACCCAGUACUGUCUAGAGCUUGCUGGCCUUUUCCGUAAUGAAUGAUAGGGGAGCUCUUUCAGGCUUGUUUAGUGCCCCAUAAACCUUGCAGGGGCCGUGAUCAGCAGGAGGGUGUGGGUGCCCCAGGCUUUCAUUUCUUGAGCAAUGGCUGCUGCUUCUUCUUGCUAACCCCCCCCCCCCCCCUUGCCAUUUUUGAUGGGUGAUGAAUCCCUCCCCCUUGGAGGCAGCCCACCAAUGCUACAACAGGCCCAGCAAAUCAGGCUAUGGUCUGCAGGAUUGCUGGCAGAUUUGCUGACCAUGGAGCACAUUACAGAGGUCUUUCUGUGGCCCAGCUCCAACUUUCUGAGCCCUCUUGCCUUAAGAUCCUUUUUAAUGGGAAGCAUUCCUGGGGUGUCUCAGCUGGGUCCUAGCAAUCUUGACUGGUCAUCCCAUGUUCUUGCCUCACCCCCAGCGGUGGCCCUUUACUGAUCAGUCCCAGUAAAGCUUCUUCCUCUUCCUGCAUAGGAGAUACAUCUGUUCGAAUUACUCGCUCAUCUGAUCCCCAUCCAGCUGCAAGAGGCCCCCAAAUGCCAGCAAGCCAUUACUCCACUGUUGUGCCAUCAUCGGGACUCAGGUGGCCCUUCCACCUGGCUUAUUGUUACAACCUCUCCAAAGAGGUUCCCUCUUCUAGACAGGUAGCCCCUUGGCCUGGAUGAUGACUUUUCCCUCUGCUGGGUCUACAGGCAGCUGGCUGCCUAAGCAUGGCUAUACUACCCAGGAUUAGUGGGAGAGAGUAACAGGCUGAUUUUAAGGUAUCCCAGUCUUGCCCUUUUGCCAUCUCACUGUCAUUAGGUGCCAAGUGACACUUCGGGUGUGCUCAGGCUGGAACUGGCACUAUAUCUCCAAAUUAAUUGAGGGCACAGUAAUGCCCCCAUUUCCGCCCUGAUGGGGAAUUGUCGGAAUUGGACAAUACAGCAGCCGCAGUCAUCUGUAGCUACUACUUGGCCUUCUGUUUUCAGGGCAAGCCUUCCUUUGAUGCCUGCCAAACGCCAAAGUGCCAGCGGUCUUAGAACCUCAAUGUGACGCUUUGUGGUUUUCACAACUUGGUCUGCUUUCACCCUUCAGGAAAGAAACUUGGGGUCAUAACCAAGGUGUAUAGGAAAAUUUGGAUGCCCAGACGACACAUAUGAAUUCAGGGUGAAACCCACAGACGGACUUUAAAAAAAACAAUGACAUUCAUACACGCUUGAGGAGUGGGGUUAAUAAAAGUAUUGUUCCCCCCACUCGAUUUCUGUAGUUGUGGUAGUUGAGGUUUCUUAAACAGUACUGACCCUUGUUAGCAGCUUUGGGGAGGGGGUGUUUCUGCUGAUGUGCCGUGUUUUUGUUCUUUGUGGUCUUUCUUUCCAAUUAUUGAAACCAAGCCCCCAGCAGCACUUGCAGACAGAGCCAGCCUUUCUUGGGCUUUGCACCAAGAUCAAGAUUUCAGCUUGUAAAAUAAGGUUUUCUGAGAGGCAAGUACUCCGGAGAAUCUUUUGUAAAAAGUGGCCGAUCAUUAGGAUGCACCUAGAAAUGCUUGGGUUUUUUUGUUUUCAGUUGGGUUUUUUAAGCCUUGGAGGUGCCUUCCUCUACCCUUGGAUUUGUACGGUACAAGCAAUAAAAAGUUUUGUUUUCUUUC